UCAUUGGUCUUCGUCUUGGCGCUUAAUUCUCUUUUCUUGCCGUUUGCAUUAUUGCUUGUUUAAUCCUGUUUCGUCUGUCCUCGUGUUUGAACUUCUGUGAUACUUUUCUCUAAAAGUAGUAUGCAAAAUAUCAUCGAAUAACAAUGGAUAAGGAAAUUUGUCAAUCGCCGUUAUUUCUCGCUGCUGUCAAAGGAACCGCAGAAGAAAUAAAAAAACAUUAUGAAGCUGCUUCUGCCGCUCCGAAGAAAAAGGAUAACUUUUAUUUUGCCUUGUACUUCGCCUGCUUCAAUGGACGAGUGGAUGUCGUCAAAUUUUUGCUGGAAAACAAAGUUGAUCCCAAUUAUGUCGUUGGAUCUUAUUUGACGCCUCUGCAUGCAGCAAUUUUGAAUAAGCACAAUAGUAUUGUUGAAAUGCUAUUAAAUCACGGAGCGAAUGUGAAUCCAAAGAUUAAAAAUAAAUCAGGAAAGAAAACCGUGGAAGUAAAUUAUUUUUGUUCUCCACUAAUUUGCGCGGCUCGAACACAAAAUGGAAAGGUGAUCGAGAUGCUUUUACAGAGGGAUUCUGUUGUAAAUACAAAAGUACAAUCUGUGGAUUAUAACAAGAAGAAAUCAAUGUAUUAUAGAAGAUCGGAACCGGAAGAUGAAUACGAAAGAAAAUUGAUUUUCGGAACAUUCGACUCAGAUAAAUUAAGUAAAGAAUACAGUGAUCAUAGUCAAAUGGGAUUUACACCUCUUCAUUUUGCAAUUAAGGGCAAUAAGCAAGCUAUCGCUCAAUUACUAUUAGAUCACGGUGCGAACAUUAAUGAGAGUUCUGAAUUUGGUUUAACUCCACUUUGUUUGGCUUGCGAACGAAAUGAUGUGGAUCUCGUCAAGUUUGUUCUAAAAGCAGGAGCCGAUAUGAAAGCUCAAGUAGCCAAUGGUAAAAAUUUACUAUCCUACGUUAUAAGAUGUAUUAUUAUCGAUUCAUUUCAACAUUCUUACGACGAAUACGAGAAACAAGUUUGGAUCGACAGGUGCAAGGUGUUCAGUUAUUUAUUGAAAGUAGGCGCCGAUCCAAAUGGAUGGUCAGUGAAGAAUAAGGAAAGCGUUCUUCAUUGCGCGGCAAGAAAUGGAGUUCCUCACAUUAUUCAUCUUUUAUUGAAGUACGGCGCGAAUGUUAAUUCCGUGGAUAAUGAAUUAAAAACUCCGAUUGAAUACGCAGUCAGUAGUUUACAGGAAACAUUAGAAGAAAUUCAAGAUGUUUAUUAUUGGGAUAUUUCAUCAUCUGAUGAUGAUGAUUAUAGAAGUCGUUUCUUCGAUGAUUCAGAAGAAGAGGAAGAACAUGAGAGGGACAUGGAGGAUCGUCAAAAGGAGCGUGAAGCUAGACGAAAACAUAAAUUUGACAACAGAAAAAUUUACAAUCUCACGCAUAAUAAAUAUACGUACAAUAAAUUUAAAUAUGAAAAGGAUCAGGCUAACGAUGAGGGUUACACUAUUUUCAAAGAUCCUCAACCUUUGCGUUUGGUUUCACAAUUAUUUGUUCGUGAAUUGGUGAGAUUGGAAGCACUCGGCAAGAAGAACGCUCAGCAGAAUGUGAAAUUUCUUCAAACAAAAUUUGUCAAACCCUAUUAUACGAGAUGUAAAAAUGAAUUGAAAAAAUUGAAGAAAAAUGUAAUAGCUGAUGGUGUGAAUUAUUACGAUUUUUUGAUCGCCAAUGAUGAUAAAUUGAAGGAAUUUAUGAAAAAUGCGAAGAUUGCGAAGGAAAUAAAUGAGAAGAAUUGUCGAGAAUUGUUUCCGAAUUAUACUCGUGAUUUGAAAUUGAAUGCUAAACGAGUAAUGAAGAGAAAGAAAUCGAAAGUUGAUGAAGAAUCAAGUGGAUCGAGCGAUGAUGAUGUGCAAGUUGGCGGAGGAAGAGCAAAAAAACGUCGUUGAGGACCAAAUUGUGUCUUCUCUCAAUAUUUUUUAUUUUAUUUUCCACUCUAGUUUACUUCUAUAAGUAUUAUGUUUUUUUGUUUGUUUAAACGUACCGUGAACUUUUGUUGUAAACUAUUUAACGUUUUUCUAUUUACGUGUUUAAUUUUAAACAUAUUUUUUAUUAAGAUAGUGAUUCGACUUAAAGUCGAGGCCGAAAAACCAAAGUUAUUUCAUAGCUUAUAGAUUAUUAAAGCACUCACAAUUAUUAAGAUUAAAAAAAAUCGUGUGAGAAAAAGAAAAAAAAAUAUUUGCAAUUUUAAAAAUUGUUAACAACGAUAAUUUCAUAAAAUGCGUGUUAAACGCAAUUAAAAGAAUCGCAGUAUUUUUAUACUAUUUUAUAAUUUUGUACGAAAAGUGAGAUUAAAAAAAGUUUGAGAUUAAAAAAAAAUUGUGUAAGAGAAAGAGCAAAAUAUUUGGAAUUUUUAAAAUUGUUAACAACGAUAAUUUAAAAAAAUGCCUGUUAAACGUAGUUAAAAGACUACUAUUUUAGAAUACUAUUUUAUACUUUUGUACGAAAAGAAAAGAGUUGAUAAAAAAUGUUAUUUUCUAAACAAUAAAAUUGUCUUCUUUUUUCAUUAAA